AUGGACGAUGACCUAUUCGGCGGCCUUUCGGAGAGCAGCAGCAGCGAUGAGGAGGAGACCGAGCUGACCUCCACCAGCCCCACCACAUCACCGGGGAGACCCGAGAGGGCAACGGCCGGCAGCGACAAGGGGAAUCGAGCCCUGAUGAGGACAGCCCCGUCGCUGCAAAGCCGACUAAACGACGAGCUUCUCCCCCUCGCCUCCAGCAGCAGCAAGCGGGCCCGCUUCAGCCAGGUGGCCGGCAGCUCGACGGAUUUUCAUGCGGCCCUGACGAUGCUUGACGAUGAUGUGGCGGACUUGCCUUCGGCCCCAGAGCCCGUGGUAGCUCCCGAACCGAUCGAACUGCCGUCAAAACCUGCAGUGGCACCGGAGGAAUUGCCCGGGCCCUCGCAAAGAAUUGUGCCUGUCGAAAAGAUCGAGGCACCCAGCACCCGCGAGCCGACCGAGAAGCCUGCUGAUGAGCAAUUUUUUGCCCCGACCUCGUCCAAGAAUCCAGAUUUCUACCAGGGCGACGAACUGAUCCCGCUGCCCGAGCUGGAAGAGGAGGACGAGAAACUGCGGCUCAAGUUGCAGGUCCUCAUCUCCAACUUCUCCCAAGAUCAACUCAACCGAUAUGAAGCCUAUCGUCGCUCCACAUUCCCCAAGGCAGCCGUCCGUCGCCUGAUCCAUCAGCACACUUCGAUCGCUCCCACCCAACAAGUGGUGAUCGCCAUCUCGGGACUCGCCAAAGUCUUCGUCGGCGAGCUGAUCGAAGAAGCGCUAAAAUGCCAGACCGCCAGCGAGGAGACGGCCGACCCCCUGAAGCCGCACCACAUCCGACAAGCCUACUACAAAAUGCACAGUCGGGGCCAACUACACCCUCCAAAAGGAAAUCGCCCCAACCCGCUAUUGUACAUCUUCAUGGCUGCCGACCUCGACACUAGCGACAUCGACAAGGAGAUCGAGCGCAGGCGCGAAGCCCUUCGUGGCAUCGACUCUUCGCUCGGGAACUUUGGCGGAAACCGCCCCGGAUUUGGUGGCGGUGGACCUAUAGGAGGUGGAGGUGGCUUCAAGCGACGUGUGUCGGACGAGGUACCGCGGCGUUUCAACGACCGCGAUGGCGGUGGGCUAGCCGGGCGUGUCUCGGGCGUGAAACGCGGCCGCUUUGAGGAGAUCGAGGAUCCUUACUCCGACGAAGACGAUUACGACGAGCGGCCGAAGCGGACCCUCUUCUCCACCGUCUCCUUGCCAGCCAUCGAGACCAAGAGCCGUGAGGAGAAGCUCAAGGAGAUCGACUCCAAGACGCAGCAAGAUGUGAAGCAGAGGAACAAGCGCAUGUUCGCCAACCUGCUGAUGGGUACCUUGCAAAAAUUUCAGCGUGAUGAAAAGAAGGUUAGGAACGUGGAAAAGGUUCAGGCGGACAAGCAGCGUGCUGUCGAGACGAAGUUGGAAGAGGAGAAGAAGGGACAAAUUGAGAAGGUUCGCGCCGAGCGUGAGGGGUUGAUGGCCAAGCGCCGCGAGGAAGAGCGCGAGAUCCGUUCGCUCACCCGCCGCAAGGCCCUCAUUCAAUACUCUGAACAGAAAAUCCAGCACUACAAGCAGCUGCAGAACUUUAUCGGGACAACGACAAAACCAACAAUUUUCUACGUGCCCGCCAAGCACACGCUCCGCAGCUUGGAACUCCAGAAGCAGAGCGCUGAAACUAUUGAUGCAUUGAUUUCCAUACGCCAGGAGGCGCUGCGAAACGAGCUCAAGAACGACCCGGAGCUCAAGCGUGAAGAGGAGGGGCUCCGUCGCCGCGAGGCUAGAAUGAGCGACGUUGGCAAUGCCCCGGCCCGUGAACCGGCGUUCGAGCACAAUCGAAAUCGUCGCGACCGUUCCAGGUCAUACUCUCGAAGCGAAUCGGGCUCGGAUGCUGAAGAAAAUGGCACAGCCAAGGGCGACGACGAGAACAAGGCGAGCGAGGUGAAGCCCGAGCCGGAGGACGAGGCCGACGAGCUGGUCGUGAAACAGGAGGACCCCGAACUCGAGGACCGCCCCGAGGAUGAUAUUGUGAUGGCA